CAUUCGAGUGGAGAUUGGAGAUCAGCCUAUAUUAUACUAUACUGUGACUUGGACAUUGGAUUUGGACGUAAUCAGACGUAAUGGAGACGGCAGAACUGCCAGAGGAUGUCUCUCUGAGGGCAACGCAAUUUACUGUAGAUGAUUUAGACAUAGAGAUACUACCACUCAUUUACGAGAUUAUUCGCAGUGUAGAAAAAGAUCCGCAUGACACUACGCAAAAAGCAAAAGAGUCGCAAGAUACCAGCCACAAAAUCUUAGAAUUGCAGAAGAAAUUAGAUUCUGCACGAUCACAAAUUAAGAGAUUACCUGGAAUAGAAUACAGCAAGGAAGAACAAUUACAAAAACUUGAAACUUUACGCAAGCAAUUGAGACUGAAGCGUGAACUUUUAUUAAAGUAUCGUAAUACGUGUACAUUUGAAAUACCAAAAAUAUAAAUGUGCAUAUUUUUUGGCAAGCAUAUAGAAAAGCAAUCUUAUCUCUUCCAAAAAUGCGUUUUUUAAGAGUUCUAUUUCAUUAUUUUUUAAAUAAUGAAAAUUUAAUUAAUAAAUUGGCAGAAUCCAAACCAAUUAGAAAAAGUGCACAA